AUGACCAGACACCGUCAAUGGAGUGUACAAGACCCCAGCAGUCCGCUAAACACUGGAUUGAGCAAAAGAGGAAACAGCAAUGCCACACGUCUCAACAAGACAUGGUUCCCCGGAAGAUAUGGAUUCAAGGACAAUGACUCUGCCAUCAAAGCAGAGCAACGACGCAACGAGCUGAAGGGCAAAAUUUUGGCUGGGGUUAAGGAUUUCAACGUCGAACAAUAUCGCAAAAGUGACGACGAGCUCAAGUCAAUUCGCAAUACUCAGGUUCGGGCAUACUACGAAGCUCAAAAUCAAAAAUUGAACGACUGGGCAGAAGUUGAUAGCUUGGUGUGGUCACUAGCAGACGACAUAAUUGAUAGCACAAAUCCGGACGCAGAUCAUGAUGGAAUCAUCGAUAGCAAUGCACCGCUCUAUUCCGUGGACCAUGAUCUGGAAGCAUUCCUUCCCAGUGAAGAGCGGUCCAAGCGACAUCACAACAGUCGUGUUUCACAAAGGGCUCUCAAUGUGAAUGUGUCCGCCAACAUCUUGCUUCUAAUAGCAAAGGUGGUCGCAGUGACAUCCACGCGCUCGCUCUCAUUGAUCGCGUCUCUGACGGAUUCAAUUUUGGACUUUUUGUGCACCAUGAUUAUCUGGGUAACGAGCCGCCUCGCCAAGCAAAAAAUGAGUUCCUUGAAUUCGGCGUUUCCUGUUGGUCGACGUCGGCUGGAACCUCUUGGAAUCCUUGUAUUCUCCAUCCUGAUGAUAAUUUCAUUUCUGCAAAUCCUACAGGAGUCAGUCAAGAGGCUUUUUUCGCCAGGGGGCCGUGUUACUCUCCCAUUGCCGUUGGUUGCAAUCUGGUCAAUGGCAGGAAAUGCCAUCAUCAAGGGCAUGGUCGGCAUCUUCUACUCGCAAGUAAAGUCCUCGCAGGUGCAGACAUUAGUUCAAGAUGUGUAUUUCAACACGGCGUCUCUCAUUUUCCCUCUUAUCGGAUCUAAAUGUGGCAUCUGGUAUUUGGAUCCUUUAGGGGCAGCAUUGCUGUCGCUUUACGUCGUAUACGACUGGGCGAAUACAGCAUUCUCAACUAUCGUCAGGCUUACCGGCGCAGCAGUUUCACCGCAAAUGGACAAAAAGUUGAUGUAUCUGGCGUGGCGGUUUUCUCCAGUAGUUGAUGCAUACAAGUCAAUGACGGCCUAUCAUGUUGGCGAUGGUAUUGUGGUCGAAGUUGAAAUUGCGCUGGAUGAGAGCACUUCGCUUGCUAAAGCACAUGAUAUUUCGCAAACCAUGCAAUAUUGCUUCGAAGGACUGGCCGAAAUAGAUCGAAGCUUUGUGACAGUCGACUACAGUCCUCUUGGCCUCCGAGGUCAUGCCGCACGCUCGGGAUGA